UCGGUGUUCUCUCGAUGGCUCGGCGGCGCCGGGCCGGGCGGGUGGGCGGCGGUGGAGUGGGGCUGACCCGCUGAAAGAACCGCCGGCGGCCGGGCGGGGCCCUCCGCCAUGGAGCCCGAAACGUUGGAGGCGUGCAUCAACAAAGCAACAAACCCUCUGAACAAGGACCUGGACUGGGACGGUAUUAAUGCUUUCUGUGAGCAGCUCAAUAAAGAGCUAGAGGGUCCUCCACUUGCUACCCGACUUCUUGCCCACAAGAUCCAGUCUCCACAGGAAUGGGAAGCUAUCCAGGCCCUCACGGUACUGGAGUCCUGCAUGAAGAGCUGUGGCAAACGCUUCCACGACGAGGUGGGCAAGUUCCGCUUCCUCAAUGAGCUCAUCAAAGUGGUGUCACCCAAGUAUCUUGGCAGCCGGACACCAGAAAAAGUGAAGUCAAAGAUCCUGGAGCUGAUGUACAGCUGGACAUUAGGGCUGCCUCACGAGGUGAAGAUCUCAGAAGCCUACCAGAUGCUGAAGAAACAAGGGAUCGUGAAAUGUGACCCAAAACUGCCUGACGAUGCUCCUUUUCCGCCUCCUCCCCCUCGGCCCAAGAACAUAAUCUUUGAUGAUGAAGAGAAAUCCAAGAUACUGGCUCGUCUCCUGAAAAGUUCCCAUCCUGAGGACCUUCGGGCUGCCAACAAGCUCAUCAAGGAGAUGGUUCAGGAGGACCAGAAGCGCAUGGAGAAGAUCUCCAAGAGAGUGAAUGCCAUCGAGGAGGUGAACAACAAUGUGAAACUGCUGACAGAGAUGGUGACAAACUACAGCAGGGGAGAGACAACGGAAAGCAACGAGGAUCUAAUGAAGGAGCUUUAUCAGCGCUGUGAGCGCAUGAGGCCCAUGCUUUUCCGGCUCGCCAGUGACACAGAAGACAAUGAUGAAGCUCUGGCGGAGAUUCUGCAAGCCAAUGACAAUCUGACACAGGUGAUCAAUCUUUACAAGCAGCUUGUGCGGGGAGAAGAGAUCAAUGGGGAGACGGUGGCUGGUCCCCUUCGAGGCAGCACCUCAGCGCUUCUGGAUCUGUCCGGCCUGGAUCUUCCAGCAACAGGCCCUUCCUACCCAGCCUUGCCCACCCUUCCAGGUGGCUCAGCAGUCCCUGUGCCUGACCAAGCUGGCUCUGUCUCCUUGCUGGAUGAUGAACUCAUGUCUUUAGGCCUGAAUGACCCAGCACCGCAUCCUGCUCAGGCUGGUGACAGCAGUGGCUGGAACAGCUUCCAGUCAUCAGAGAGCAACGAGCUCAAUAUCACCCCUAUCACAGCAACUCCACCAGUCAAAGCAGAUGCUGGUGCAUCUUCCCCCAAACCUUCUCCUUUCACCAGUGGCCUGGAUGACCUGGACCUCCUGGGCAAGACUCUGCUGCAACAGUCUUUGCCUCCAGAGUCUCAACAAGUGCGAUGGGAGAAGCAGCAGCCACCCCCCCGGCUCACCCUGAGGGAUCUCCAGAACAGGAGCAGCUCUGGCACCACAGCCCACAAUCCCAGCACUCUGCCUGUGCUCCAGAAUGUUUCCCUUAACCCCACGCUGCCCCUGACCUCGGAGCUGCCUGCCCCUGCUACACUUCCAAAAGCUGCCACCACACCAGCAGGAAGUACUGCAGUCCCACCACGGCCUCCUGCUGCUGCGCUGCCCCAGGAGAUCUCGCUGGCCAACAUCACUGUGCCUCUGGAGUCAAUCAAACCCAGCAGCAUCCUCCCUGUGACAGUGUAUGAUCAGCACGGCUUUCGUGUCCUCUUCCACUUUGCUAAGGAUGCCCUGCCCGAGAGGCCAGAUGUGCUUGUGGUGGUGAUUUCUAUGCUUAGCACGGCCCCGCAGCCCAUCCGCAACAUUGUCUUUCAGUCCGCUGUCCCCAAGGUGAUGAAGGUGAAGCUACAGCCUCCCUCAGGCACAGAGCUGCCGGCGUUCAACCCCAUUGUCCACCCCAGUGCCAUCACACAAGUCCUGUUGCUUGCUAACCCACAGAAGGAGAAAGUGAGGCUACGGUACAAGCUGACCUUCACCAUGGGAGAGCAAACCUACAAUGAAAUGGGGGAUGUGGACCAGUUUCCCCCGCCGGAGUCCUGGGGAAACCUCUAGGGCUGCACAUUGCAGGCACUACACUGCAGAGUCCUUGGGAAGCCAGCCCUGUGGGGCUGGAGCAGCCUGAGGAGAUGGGGAGGGUGGGUGGGGGACUGCUGCUCACGCUCUAUUCUCCAGAUGGCCGGGCAAGGGCCAGAGGGAGCGUGCCUCAAGGAGGAGAGCAGAGAUGCCAGGAGAUGUUCAUCCCACAAGACUAGGAAUGGAGUGGAAUGCUUCAUGUGGGUGAACAGUUGCCUUCCCUGCUCUUCUGAAGGCAUUGCUCCCUCCCCAGUCUGUCCAGCUUCUCUUCUAACCCUGUUUUCCCCCUGUGUGCAGUGGGGAAAAAGGAUGGGGAGCUUUAACAACCUCAGCCUGGGGCAAGGCCUAGCAGAGGAAGAUCCUUUUCUUUGUCCACUUCACGCUUCCUAGCCCUUCAGCUGCUUUGUGCUCUUCGGUGCUCACUCUUGUCCCCCUUGCCCCUUUCUUGGAGCUGGGCCCCAGUGGUUCCCUGUCUGGUGAGAUCAUGUUGGAGCUGGUGCGGAACAAGGCUGGACAGAGGCUCGGUGUCUUUCCAGCACCAGAAAGCAGGCAGCUGCCCUUGCUUUGUGGGGGAUUGGAGAGAGAUCUUCCUAUAUCCCCCUCCUUCCAGGUGUCAGUGGAGCUGUUGGUGGGAGGUGGGCUCUGGGGGGGGGGGGGCGGAAGCUGGGUUGCUGGGAAGGGCUUGCUCUGUGCCUCCCUGUCCCCUUCAGCUGGAGAUCCUGGCCAGUGAACCCCUGCAGCAAGCAUACCCUUCCCACAUGCUUUAUCUCCCGCAGCAAGCUUUGGGGACUGCUGCGGGACUCCGCAUACUGGGGCGGGGUGAGUCUCCCUGCAACCUCCUGCCAGAUGGGGAGAGGGAACAGCACAUGGUCUUCCUCCCCCCUGGCUGGGCUGGAGAGCUUGGUGGAGCAGGGGGGCUUUCUUAGCUCUUCAGUGUCUUCUAACAGUGGGGUAGGUGAUGGGCUGGGAGUCGAGGAGAGACGGGGGCCCAGCCCGUCACCAGGGGGCACCACUAAGCUGCACUGGGAGCCCAGCUCUGCCCCUGGGGAGUACAGGGGGUGCAGCUGUGCCUUGCCCACCUUUGCCCGCCACCAUGGGCAGGCCUGGAUCCCUGCGGCGAGGAGGGGGCUCGCCACAGCCACCUAAUCACUGUGACACGAGAGCGGGGAUCUGCAGGCACGGAGGAGACCAGGGGGUGGCACAUCCUUGAGUGAUCCACAUCCCCAUGGGACUUGCGACCACGGGAGCUGCUUCCCAUCCCUAAGCUGGUUUUAACAGGGCCUCAUCUUAAAAGCAGGGUGAGCUGUGCCCUGCGUUGGCUUGCCAGAGGUAGAAGGAGGCCUGUGUGAGAUGGAGGUGAGUGGCGUGUUGGAGCUGGGCGCAGUGAGCGGUGGAGGAGAGGGCGAAGCAAGGUGUUUAUGCUGGGGUUCUGCUGUGUCUUACUUCCCUUUCUGGUCUCUUUUCAGGGUUUUGUAUGGGAUUUUCUUUGCAGAUCUUGUUUGGUUCUUGAACAGACUUGUAUAUAUUUUCAGUGCAAAAUUCUGUGAAUGGAAGAAAACAAAGAUUUAAAAUGAAACGCCCGGCGCGAAGAAUCUGCUGUAUUUAUGGGAAAUAAAGAGUUCUUUCCUGA